GAAGCUGUAUGUAGCUGUGUCUGUUGGUGUGUGCCUCCUGGCCAGUACCUUGGUGCUGUUCUUCCUGUUUCCUCGGUCUGUCCUUCUGUCUCCAGUGGCUGUACAGUCAUCCUUUGUUUAUUUCACUGAAAACAAAGUCCAAAUUAACAUCACGAAUGUAUUGAACAUCACCAACCACAACUUUGUGGCGGUGCAGGCCUAUAAUCUGACAGUCCAAGCCCUCAACUUUGACUCAGUGGUUGGAACAGCAUCCAUUAAGAACGUCACCUUGUCAAACCUGUCCGUCGAAACGUACUCCUUCAUCAUCCCCAUCACGCUGACAGACCCUGGACUGUGUAACUACUGUAAGAAAGUUUCCUUGCCUGUCCACAUUCUGUAUCUACACCUUCAGAUGUCUAUGGCAGUUUACUACCUGGCCCACUAUGAGCAACUCUCCCUGGAGACAUAUGAGUACAUAGACUGUGGAGCAAACAGCACUAUACCACACUAUGUGCAGCCCCCACCCCCCUGAUGGAUGAACAGAUAUACUGUGGACGUAUUUUUUGUGUAGUGGAAUAGUUCGUCUUGCAAUGUUUUUUUUUUUUUUUCAUGAAUUAUGACACCUAACCUGCUGCAGAGCAAACACCUGAGUCUCUGUUCGCAUGGACUCAGCUGAGGUUCAUUCAUGGACUUAAAGCAAAUGAAGCAACCACAGUGUCUAUCUGCUGUUCAUGGACUGUUCAGGAAGCAGGAAACUUAUAACUGAUCUGUGAAAGCAAUUUAUAUAUUAAUGUAAAUAUUUUAGUAACCAUGGUAACAUGUGCAUAAGCAAAAAGUAUGCAAAAGAAGUUAUAACUACCAUCUGUUGUUUUUGUAUGCUGUGUAAUUUGUCAGUUUAUUAAGUCCAUUCAAAAGACAGUGAUCCCUGAGUAGAGCCCCCAAUAUAUUCCUGUACAAGCCUCUUCUUCAUCCUUCAUCUACCUGUUUGUCAUUAUUUAUGGUGAAUAAUUUGUAGCUUAAUAAUAAAUCAUGAAAAAUGCAGAUAAUCAGAGGCAAAAAUGGCAAAUGAACUGAACUACUGGUGUUAAAGCACCCUAAAUGAAGAAUGGACUCUUCCAGCCUGCACUAUAUCUGAAUGAAUGAAUGAAUGAAUGAAUGAAUGAAGAAAGGAUGGACAGAAGAGCACAACUCUUGCCAUGUCUAUUGACAGCAUUACAGUUCCACAGAUUGAAUUGCACAGUGGCGGAAACUGAGGAGAAUGUUUUGACAUUGUGUGGCUAUUGAUUGAAGAGUUCACCAAUAUUAAAAGGAAUGAUGUGGCAGUAUAGAAGUUGGAGCAGUAAGUGUGAGUAAGCGUAACUGCAUCUCCUUUUACUCCACUAUUUUUUGUAAUUUUUUUGCAAGCAGAAAAAAUUCUGUACAGUUUGUGUUAUACUACUUAUCAUUAUUAGGUAUAUGUAAUACUUGUAUUAUCUGACAACUCUACCAUAAUUUUGUUGUCAUCAUUUUUCUGUGUUCAGAAAUUAUUAAUGAAGUCUGUCUGUUUUUUU